AUGCUUUACAUUGACCAGCCAGUGCAGGUUGGCUUCUCGUAUGAUACCCUUGCAAAUGGCACUUUCAAUGCUCUAGCUACCGAUCUGUUGCCCAUCAUUGCCAAUUUCUCAGAAGGCGUCCCGGAGCAAAAUGAUACUUUCUUUAUCGGGACUUUCCCAUCUCUCAACUCCAAGAAUACUGCAAAUUCUACUGGUAAUGCUGCGCCCGUUGUUUGGGCUUUCUUACAGGCUUGGCUUCAAGACUUUCCCAUGUACAAGUCGCCCAAUAAUGAACUCAGCAUCUGGGCGGACUCAUAUGGGGGUCAUUGGGAUCCCAGAGUCGCGGAUUUUAUCGAGAAGCAGAAUGAUAAGAUAGCCGCAGGUGCUCUCGAAUGCGCAAAGGUGAUCAAUCUCGAUACAGUUGGUAUCAUCAAUGGCGUGAUAGACUUCAAAAUCACUGCUGCUUCGUACCUGGUCUUCCCUGCCGGGAAGGAUCUAGGCACAAAACCUUUGCAUCAUAAUAUGGCAUACAAUAACACCUAUGGCUCCCUAGUCAUCACAAACGCCGAAUAUGAAUCCGCAAUGAUGAACCUCACCACUUGUACAGGGCUUCUUGAUAAGUGCCAGAGCCUCGGUGCUAUCUAUGACCCGGACAACUGCGUCAUGGCCGAGGGCGAUAUCACUAGGGGUGGAUUUCUCGACAUGCUAGGAAAUCUUCUGGAUCGGGGAGUACAAGUGACAUUAAUAUAUGGAGAUCGAGACUAG